GGUCUGCGGGUGAACGGGGAGCUGGUGACGGCGUACCCGCAGGUGGUGGUGGUGCGGGUGCCCACGCCCUGGGUGCAGAGCGACAGCGACAUCACCGUGCUGCGGCACCUGGAGAAGAUGGGCUGCCGCCUGAUGAACCGCCCCCAGGCCAUCCUCAACUGCGUCAACAAGUUCUGGACCUUCCAGGAGCUCGCCGGCCACGGCGUGCCGCUGCCAGACACCUUCUCCUAUGGUGGUCAUGAGAAUUUUGCCAAAAUGAUUGAUGAGGCGGAAGUGCUGGAGUUCCCUAUGGUGGUGAAGAACACACGGGGUCACCGAGGUAAAGCUGUGUUCCUGGCACGAGACAAGCACCACUUGGCAGACCUGAGCCACCUGAUCCGUCACGACGCCCCUUACCUGUUCCAGAAAUACGUGAAGGAGUCCCACGGGAAGGACGUGCGCGUGAUCGUGGUGGGCGGCCGCGUGGUGGGCACCAUGCUGCGCUGCUCGACGGACGGCAGGAUGCAGAGCAACUGCUCCCUGGGCGGCGUGGGGAUGAUGUGCUCGCUGAGCGAGCAGGGCAAGCAGCUGGCAGUGCAGGUGUCCAACAUCCUGGGGAUGGACGUGUGCGGCAUCGACCUGCUCAUGAAGGACGACGGCUCCUUCUACGUCUGCGAGGCCAACGCGAACGUAGGGUUCAUAGCCUUCGACAAGGCGUGCAACCUGGACGUGGCCGGGAUCAUAGCGGACUACGCCGCCUCCCUGCUGGCCCCCGGGCGCCUGACGCGGCGCAUGUCCCUGCUCUCCGUCGUGUCCACGGCCAGCGAGACCAGCGAG